AAAGGCAUUUCAUAAUUCAAUGUCAAUGUCUACAAUAUAAGAUAAACAUUGUUGUCAUCUUAAAACAUUAUCCGGAAUGGUAGUUAAAUUCCCCACUUGAGAUUAGACACCAUUGUCUCCGUCAUUUGAAAGCUUGAAACAUCACACAACAAAGCAGACUUGGAGAAACUUGGCGGUGGAAACUGUUUUUAAUUGGUAUGGCCUCUGCUAACACGGAAAGGCCUCAGAGUGGCAGCAAUGGAAACCUUGUAGACGAUCUUGAGAGCGCAUUUCAGGGUUGUGUGAGUUUAUUAACUAGUCAAGAAUAUUUCAACGUUACUGAUUCAGAAGAAACAAAAGCAGGAGUUGAACAGUCACUACAGAAGUUUUUAGACCUUGCUAGACAAACAGAAGCAUUUUUCCUUCACAAGAGAUUAGUUCUUUCUAAGACACGGCCUGAACAAGACAUUAAAGAUAGUACAGAUGAACUGAAAGCAGAACUUGAGAGGAAGGAUCAGUUGGUGAAACGACACCAAGAGAGAUUACAGAAAUGGCAGAGUCUGUUAAACAGUGUAGCAAGGGGACCUGGAGGGGGCGUGCCGGCACAUGGCUCACAGACAAUGACCUUAGGGCCUCCAGGUCAGGUCCCUACUGCUAUGCCACACCCCCAUGGCCAAACUAUGCCCAAUCCAGCACAGAUGAAUAUGCCAGGUCAGGGAUAUAAUGUAAACCAACCCCAGGGGUCAACACAGAUACAGGGGCAAAAUCCACAGAUGAUGAUGCAGCGUCCUGCUCCAGGGCACCAAGGCAUGGCACAUAACCCUCCACCAGCCUACCCUCAGGGCCCCCUGGCCUAUCUCGAACAAACCAUGUCUGCCAUAGGUAUGCCAGAGAGACGGUGAUUUUUAUUUCUCAUGUUAUUUGUAAAUAUACUCAUUAAAAA